CCGUUCAAAUAUGAGGGCUUUGCUGAUUUGGAUCUGGUACAGUCUUGGACUCGAGUUGAUUUGAAGAGUUAAAGAGUUGAGGUGACUGUAUUUAAAGUUACGUUUCGUUUGUCAAGUCAACAAUUUGUCAGUGUGCAUUUAGCCCAUUACCAUUAAGCCUCAACGUUUAAUUAUUUUAGUUAUUCAUUGAAUAUCCUGUGCACCCCUUUACUUGUCCAUAAUGGCUCCUCGAAUUCCUGAGGGAACUAACAAUGAACGGAUUGAAUCUAUCGAACCAGAACUUAAGGAUAAAAAUACCGUCGAAUAUAAAGUACAAAUUGUUUGGCGGAACGUAGUUCUGUUUAUUGCGUUGCAUAUCGCUGCGCUUUAUGGACUUAAAUUGAUUUUUACAGCCGCUGCUUGGCAGACAACUUUUUUUGCUUUCCUGCUUUAUAUUUGUGGUGGACUUGGUAUUACUGCUGGAGCACAUAGAUUAUGGUCUCAUCGAUCUUACAAGGCCAAAUGGCCCUUGAGAGUUAUUCUUUCCAUCUUUAAUUCUCUUGCUUUCCAAAAUCAUAUUUAUGAAUGGAGUCGAGAUCAUCGUGUACAUCACACCUAUUCCGAAACUGACGCUGAUCCUCACAACGCAACGCGUGGCUUUUUCUUUGCCCAUAUGGGCUGGCUUCUUUGUCGAAAGCACCCAGAAGUGAUCAGAAAAGGAGCUAAUAUUGAUUGCAGCGAUAUUUUGGCCGAUCCUAUUGUCAGAUUUCAAAAGAAAAACUAUUUGAAACUUGUCUUCAUAUUCUGUUUCUUAUUACCUACCAUAAUCCCACGUAUUUUCUGGGGUGAAUCUUUGUGGAAUGCAUACUUCAUAUGUGCGGCUUUCCGUUACUGUUUUCUUCUUCAUGUCACUUGGUUAAUUAACAGUGCUGCUCAUUUGUGGGGCCAACAUCCUUACGACAAACACAUUAACCCAGCCGAAAACUUAUCCGUAUGUCUUACUGCAAUUGGUGAAGGUUUCCAUAAUUAUCACCAUACUUUCCCAUACGAUUACUCAGCCAGUGAACUCGGAACUCGUUAUAAUUUGACUACUGUAUUUAUUGACGCUAUGGCAAGCAUUGGAUGGGCAUACGAUCGUAAAAGAGUAUCUCCAAGCGUUCUUAAGCAAAGAAUCGAAAGAACUGGCGAUGGUUCGCAUUUCAGUCUCCAUGAGGCUUCUAAAAAGUCACUUUAGUGAUAGAAAAAUUUAUUAUUUAGAAAAGAUUUUGCAAUAAAAGUUUCAACUUAAAAAGAAAAAAAAAAUUUCAAGAAUGUGUGCAAUUUUUGCCUAAAAAAAGACUCAACAUCGAUUGUAAGAAUUACAAUUGUAUUGCUCGUAAACUCGUUGAUUAAACAUUGCAUCAAAAUUAC